AUGGCAUCUAACAGUCUUCCUGCCAGUGCAAUAGUGCAGGAUCGACUUCCUGAUCUCUUAAUAGGCAUAGGUCACACUACAAAUAAUGCACUCCACUCUAUAACAUUUACUGGGACAUUAAGACCCUGGGCCAAUUUCCCGCGAGAUGUGGAGGCGAUAUAUUUGAAUUUCGUGUGGAACCGGCGGGUCGUCGACCACCGGCAGAGGUCAGGGAGGGUGGCAGAGUGGAAUAUACAAUUUGAGCAGACCGCGGUCGGCAACGAAACCGGUGUGCAAGGCCACUGGGGCCAACAUGUCAACCAGGUUAUGUCUUCGGUGUUCCUAUCGCAGAAUAUAGACCUUGAAAUGGGCGACUUCCGAGCCACAACUAGCAGGUAUAAGAAGGUCCCGGAUAUGGCGGGAGCAAGUCGGGCUACAGGGGCCCUACGACUGGUUGGAGAGCUGAAGACUCCCUGGGUUGAUAAUCAUUGUCUGUCAGACGCCAUGCAUGAUGAGAGUGACUUCAGACAUAUCCUAGGUGGGUCGGGCUUGGUGCUACCGAUGAUAACUGGUCUGGACAACUUUAACAUAAGGCUAUAG